GCCGCCUUCGGCCUCAUGACCAUCGCCAUCAGCACCGACUACUGGCUGUACACGCGCGCCUUCAUCUGCAACACCACCAACCUCACGGCGGGCGACGACGGGCCGCCCCACCGCGGCGCCCCCGCCGAGAAGAAGGACCCGGGCGGCCUCACGCACUCGGGCCUCUGGCGGAUCUGCUGCCUGGAAGGGCUGAAAAGAGGUGUCUGCGUGAAGAUCAACCAUUUCCCGGAGGACACUGACUACGACCAUGACAGCGCGGAGUAUCUGCUCCGAGUGGUCCGGGCCUCCAGCAUCUUCCCCAUCCUCAGCGCCAUCCUGCUGCUGCUGGGGGGCGUGUGCGUGGCGGCCUCCCGGGUCUACAGGUCCAAGAGGAACAUCGUUCUGGGGGCAGGAAUCCUGUUCGUGGCAGCAGGCCUGAGCAACAUCAUCGGGGUCAUCGUGUACAUCUCGGCCAACGCGGGCGAGCCGGGCCCGAAGCGGGACGACGAGAAGAAGAACCACUACUCGUACGGCUGGUCCUUCUACUUCGGCGGCCUGUCCUUCAUCCUGGCCGAGGUGAUCGGCGUGCUGGCCGUCAACAUCUACAUCGAGCGCAGCCGCGAGGCGCACUGCCAGUCCCGCUCGGACCUGCUCAAGGCCGGCGGGGGCGCGGGCGGCAGUGGCGGGAGCGGCCCCUCGGCCAUCCUCCGUCUGCCCAGUUACCGCUUCCGCUACCGCCGCCGCUCCCGCUCUAGCUCCCGCUCCAGCGAGCCGUCGCCGUCGCGGGACGUGUCUCCGGGCGGCGCCGGGGCCCCCGGCUUCACCUCCACGGACAUCUCCAUGUACACGCUCAGCCGCGACCCGUCCAAGGGCAGCGUGGCCGCGGGGCUGGCGAGCGCCGGCGGCGGAGGCGCGUUCGGCGGCGCGGCCGGGGGCGCGGGCGGCGGCGGCGGCGGCGGCGGCGGCGGGGCGGGCGCCGAGCGGGACCGCGGGGGGACGUCCGGCUUCCUCACGCUGCACAACGCCUUCCCCAAGGAGGCGGGCGGCGGCGUCACGGUCACGGUCACCGGGCCGCCCGCCGCGCCCGCGCCCGCCCCGCCCGCGCCCUCGGCGCCCGCCCCCGGGACCCUGGCCAAGGAGGCCGCCGCCUCCAACACCAACACGCUCAACAGGAAGACCACGCCGGUGUAG